UUCUAUUACAUAUAUAUUUAGGAUCCUAUACCUUGUCCUGAUGAUGCUGAACUGCAGCUGUACCCAGACCCAGAUGAUUGUGAGUCUUACUGGGAGUGUUACAUGGGACGAGUUACUCAUAUGACUUGCUCUGAUUGCUACCAGUUUGAUGCUGAGCAUAGUUGGUGUUCUCCUCCCGAUCAAGUUGAGUGUGGAGCACGACCUGAAGAUCAAAACUGUCAGUCUACAACUGCUCCCGGUCCAUGUCCUUACCCCACAGGAUACUUUCAAGAUCCUGAGAAUUGUAAAAAAUAUUUUGUCUGUGAACAGGGAACACCUAAGUCAGCUGUUUGUGAAGUUAAGGCGGAUUCUAACAAUAUAAACCAACAGCUUCUUUAUAAUUACGAAGUGAUACAGUGUGAUUGGCCUAACAGGGUGAACUGUGCUGAAAGGCCUAUUUGUGAUGAUAACUAUAAACAUUGCCAAUGCCAGGGUGCUCCUAUAGUUGAUCCUGAGCAUAAAUGUCCCCCUGGAGCUGGUGCUAAGGUUCUAGGCGACCCUUUCAACUGCAAUAUUUCUCUUGUCUGUAUUGAUGGGACACUAUCAACAAUUGUCAACUGUGAAAAGGAGAAACCCUAUUACGACGAGAAACGUUUUGGUUGCUCUUCUGAUCCUGCUGUUUGCGAACUUAGGCCGAUAUGCAGUGAUGCUCCAGGAGUUGCUGGAUGUUAUUGUUACAACUAGUUUUCUUAAAAAAUUCAAUGAAUUAAUUUCCAAAAAUAAAUUGUUUCAAAUGAA